AUUCGCUGCCGUAGCAACAUUGUGUGUUCAAAAUGGCGAAGAAUAAAGGAAAGCUCGACGGGGUUAGCUCCUCGUCAAAAGAGAAUCUAACUGCUUCUAAAAAAGACAAGAAGUCAAAAGGAACUAAAGCCACUGUCUCUGUGUCUCUUUCAGACCAUCAAACUGUGGAAAUAGAUGAAGAAACAGCAAAAAAAAGCACUGCUUUGGCGUUUACUGUGCUUUCGAAGGAAGACAGUGAGGAGCUCCUCGGAAUGGAUGCAUUAGAAAUGGAAAGUAAAUUGCAACAGACAUUUCAGUUGAACCCAAGUACAGAUCUCAAAGAUGCAGCUGUAUUGGAUUAUUAUGUUGGUGCAACAUACUGGUGUAAACAGCAAGGAUACAGUGCACAGCAGUUGUCUGGAUUCUUCACAGUUGCGCAUUCAUCGUUGGAAAAAGUAAAAGAUCAGCCAGACUCGCUUGUGGACACAUUUAAGGAAUUUCGCAAAAUGCUUGUGGGCAUAAGUGCAGAGCCUGGGCCAGAUGUGGAGAGUGGAGGCUUGGAAUUUUUCAAUGCAGACCAGGCGAAGUCCAUUGCUGACUACCUGCAUUCCAGCUUAUUCCAACAUUUCAAGCUUUACGAAUUCAUGUUCCAUCAUUCCCAGUCUAUGGAAAUUGUCGGCAGUGAUUUGUCCGUUGAAGUCCCCCUCCCAGCAGAGACACCCUUCCCACCACCUCUGGAUGAAGGAAUAUCAGAGUCUACCUACAAGGAGUUCCUGACUAUUCCCACUCCCAGUCUUUCGUCAACAGAAGAAGGAAAAACUGCAGAGGAGGAGGUGAAACCUGCGACGCCGAUACAAGUUGAGCUACCCCCUGAGGUGGAGGACAUCUUUAACAAACUCACUCCCGAAGAUGUACGCUCAGUCGUUGAGGAUGUUUCUUCAGAACUCUUACAGAGCUUGCAGGCUGGUGUGGAACAGAAGAUGAGACAGUAUGAGAAUAAUAUGCUCUCAAGAAUAAACAAAAUUCAUGUUGUCCUACCGGAACCUGUUGGGGAGCUUGAGGCAGCUGAGAAAUGAAGGGGAUUUAUGUACAAUUACAUUAUGUAUGCUUUAUGAGAAGUUCAUUGAACUCUAUGGGUUUCACUUCUUUAAUGCAAGUCUGACGAUCAGAUAAAGCCGUGGGUUUUUUUCACAGGUAAAUGAACAAUAUCUGAUUAAGCUGCAUCGUUGGGACUACCUAAAUAAAUAAUGGGUAUUGGGAGCAUUAUAUUAUUUUCAUGGGUAGAUAGAUAUAUCCAAGUUUUUUAUAUUUUUUACCGGCCUACACUUAAGCCACUUCAGAUUUAUUGUUGUAUGAAUACAAAACUCUCAUAAAGGAGAGCUGCUUUCUAAUUUAAAAGCUUUGAACACAGCAUUCAUAACCCACCUCUUAUUAGAAUGACAGUCAAGCCUCUUUGGGGUUCAAACUCUUAGUACUCUCCAAAUAAUUUAGAAUCAAAGACAGGAAACAGCUGUCUUGUAUAGCCAAUCUGCAUCAGGUGAAAAAGAACAAGAUGAAUAGGUCAAGAAUUUUUUUGGGCCAGAGAUUGGGAAAUAAAUUACUUGCCUUCCUUUACUACCUUAUUUUUCUGUUUAUCCCCUUUUCUUUCUUCAUUUAGUAUGUCUUUUUAAAGUUUGAGAAAUCUUAAAAUAAAGAAGGACAUUCACAUGCUGCAAUAAAUAAACAUUUUCAUUAUGGACUACUUUACUAUUCAUGUGCAUGUGAUUUGCAGGGAAAAUGUGUUCACUUAUAUUGUACGCACAUUAAUUAACAUUAAACUGUCUUAUACCCUGGUCCCGAGUUCUACUUCGAGUCACAAGGAGAUAACAUAAGGCAAGGUAGAGGAAGCUAAUUCACUACCACUUUAUGACUAGAUUGCUUUACUUUAUGGUCACAUGCCAACAUGGAACAUACGAAAUCCAACUCUCGAGGCUUCAUGUUCUGUUAGUGCAUGCAUUAGUUGGCCAUGAGAUUUUUUCAACUCUGAAGUCUUGGUAAAUAAUUGAAGCACCGAAAAGAGAUGUCAGUUUUAUUCAAGAAAAUUAAAUUGUUAUUUUUUUCUUUUUUUAAAUUUUGACUCUCAUCUAGUCCCUUUUCAUGAAAACAAUUAAGAAGUUGGGGGACAGGACAGAGACCCAGAAAGACUGUGAGUGUACCUGUAAGCAUGCUUGUUUUCACCUAUUAUGAUCAGUUAAGAUAAACUAUUUAAUUUGAAUGCAUGAUAACGAUGGAAUGGAGAUAAAAUACUUGUUUGUUGUAAAUCAUUAUAUGUUCAGAACUAUGAGAAUUACGCUUAGGAAAGCAUUAUGUAUUCCUGAACUAACAAUUGUUUUGUAAAUAAAUAAAAGACGGAAGUCGAAAUCGUU